UCAAAUUUGACAGUUUUCGUAUUAUUUUGAUGUUAUAUAAAAAUACUGAAAGGUAAAACAAUACCACAACUUUCCUAUUUUGGGGGUUCAAGCAGAGCGCACCGAUCGAGACGAUAACGACGAUAUUGUGGUGGACAGCACAUCGAGACCUCUGUCGACAACAACGCCAUUAUUCGAUAAUAUAUACUACAGCCAUGAUUGACCCUAACACUGAUGCAGAAGUCCUUGAGCAUUAUUACAAGAAAUUUGAAAACAAUAACAAGUUUAAUUGUUUUGAAAAGAAAGAUCAAGAGGCCUGUCAAGGUCUUGCAGAUUUCUAUUUGAAGAAUGAAAGAAUUCCUGAGGCUAAGGCUGCCUUUAAAAUAAACUGUUUUGAAAACAGCUAUGGACCAAGUUGUCAUCGUUUUGCCAAUUUGCUCUAUGAUGAAGGACUGGUUGAGCGUGAUGAUUUUAUAAAGGCCUUGCAGUUUGGUUGUAAUGGCAAAAACUUCAGCAGUGAUGCAUGUGCCUUGCUAGGAAUGUUACAUGAUCCUCGCCCUGGUCAAUUGUUCCAGAAGGGAGUAUUCCUAGAAGACAAUAUGAAAAAAGCUGUUGAGUACUAUGAGAAGGGUUGUAAUGGUGGAGCACCGCAGGGCUGUCAUAAUCUAGCCAAUAUGUAUAACAGGCAGGGGAAUUCAGAGAAAGCACUUUUAUUUAUGGAGAAAACCUGUGAACUAGGGGAUAGAAAAGCUUGCAUAUUUGUUUAUAAUGUAUAUGCUGGCAUGAGCAAGCACUUUCCAGACAUAAAGCCAAACAAAAUUAAGGAAGAGUACUACAAAAAGAUAGUGAUAGAUAGUUCCUCUGUAAAAGCUUUGCCAGAUGAAUGUUUUAAGAAGAAAAGAUGAUCAGUUUUCAGAACGUCCUGACACUUUGACACUGGUAAUGAAGUAUAUACUUAUAAUAUGUUUGAUAUCAUCAUUGAUUAACUUGUUUAUUCGAAUUGAAGAACUUAUUUGUUAUCAUUAAUCUUUAAAUAUGUACCUAAAGUCUUCAUGUCAUUGAAGGAAUUUAUUAAAGGAUUUUAUUAAAAAAA